CCUCAGGUGGGCGGAGGAGCUGCCGUAGGGGGUGUGUACGGGGCGGCUCUUAUCAGCCCCUCCCCUUGCCUUGCCUCCUUGUCACCCUCCCGCCUCUCUCGAGGCCCCCUGCACUGGGUCACAGCUAGGGCGAUCUAACUGAAGAGAAGCCGAAAUGGAGCUGAUGACAGCGCAGUUCCUUCGCUUCGGCACGGGCGGCCUGCUAAGAAGAAAUUUCCUGACUUGCCUGUCUUCUUGGAAAACUCCUCCUUGUUUUUUAAAAUCUUCUCAGUCAGAAGCUUUAGAUAGCAUACCAAAUAAUGGGGUAGUAUUUGCUCCACUUCAAACAUUUACAGAAGAGGAAACAAUGAUUAAAAACAUGGUUAAAAAAUUUGCAGAGAAAGAAAUUGCUCCUUUGGUACUAGCAAUGGAUGAAAAUUCACAAAUGGACAAAUCAGUAAUAGAAGGAUUAUUUCAACAAGGGUUGAUGGGUAUUGAAAUUGAAACAAAAUAUGGCGGGACAGGAGCUUCAUUUUUUUCCUCUAUCCUAGCAAUAGAGGAAUUAGCAAAGGUUGAUGCAUCUGUAUCUGUUUUGUGUGACAUCCAGAAUACAUUAAUCAAUACAUUGAUAAGAAAAUGUGGAACAGAAGAACAAAAGGCAACCUACUUGAUCAGGCUGGCUAAAGACACAAUAGGAAGUUUUUGCCUUUCUGAGGCUGAGGCUGGCAGUGAUGCAUUUGCUUUGAAGACUAAAGCUGAGAAGAAGGGAGACUAUUAUAUCAUCAAUGGGUCUAAAAUGUGGAUCAGCAAUGCAGAACAUGCAGGAAUUUUUCUAGUAAUGGCAAAUGUUAAUCCUGGUUUGGGUUACAAAGGAAUUACAUGUUUCAUAAUAGAUCGUGAUACAGAAGGACUUCAAGUCGGGAAGAAAGAAAAUAAAUUAGGAAUCAGAGCAUCUUCUACCAAUACUGUGAUAUUUGAGAAUGUUAAGGUGCCAGAAACCAAUAUCCUAGGACAGGUGGGCCAUGGGUACAAAUAUGCCAUUGGAAUGCUUAAUGAAGGCAGAAUAGGAAUUGCUGCACAGAUGUUAGGACUGGCACAAGGAUGUUUUGACCACACCAUUCCAUAUCUUAAAGAAAGAAUGCAGUUUGGUAAAACAAUAUAUUCUUUUCAGGGAAUUCAACAUCAAACAGCUCAAGUAGCCACACAGCUUGAAGCUGCAAGAUUGCUAACAUACAAUGCUGCCAGACUUGUAGAAAAUGGGAAACCAUUUGUAAAAGAAGCCUCCAUGGCCAAGUAUUUUUCAGCAGAGGUGGCUGGACUGACAACUAGUAAAUGCAUAGAGUGGAUGGGUGGAGUAGGAUAUACUAAAAAUUAUCCAAUGGAAAAAUACUUCCGAGAUGCAAAAAUUGGUACAAUAUAUGAAGGAACAUCAAAUAUCCAGUUAAGUACUAUAGCAAAACUUUUAGGUCAAGAAUACUGAAGGUCACAAGAAAAUUAUACUGCAGCCACUUAUGCAAAAUGUAAAACAUGUGCCUUAUUUGGAGAAAUGGUGAAUACUUUCAAACUGAAAUAAUCUUCUGUACUACUUAUAUUCUUUUGGAAUAUAUUAAGUCUCUCUGUCUCUUGCUUGAUAUAGAUGAUUCAAAGUGAGAAAAUUUUCUUCCUGGUAUAUAAAGGUUACUUUCCCCCAGCAUUUGGAAAAGUUAUUUCUUUUGGGUUAGUUAUUUAAAAGAGAUGUCAUUUUGUCUUUAUUUUAAAAUCUACCAUAUUUGUAAUACAAAUCAGAGAAAUUAGAAUCAGAGUAGGUUAUUUGUAUUUUAUACCUUUGCAGGUUCACCAGUGCCUCGUAUGGUACAUGGAAUAGCACAUGCUUCUUGAAAGAUUGAAUAUUGGUAAAUUCAGAAAUUGAUAGAAAUUCAUUAAGAAAAUCUGACUCAUUUUAAUUGUUGAAGUGAUUUUAAAUGUUAGAGAAUAUAGUAUAAUAGUACAUGUCAAUUAAUGGAAUUGUUGGUUAACUUACAUUUAAUUGUUUUAAUUAGAACAAAUGUGAUGUUUGCUGUUAAUUGAACUUAUUUAAAAAUUGAACUCAUUUCAGCAGAUUAUUUAAAAAUUAAGUCCCAGCAUCAUUUUUUAAGAUGUGUUUAAGAAAAAUUUAGAAUGUAGUUCAUAAAAGAAAGUAGUCUACUAUAAAAUAAAUUAAUGGUCAAAAUCCCAACAUUUAGUCCUUCAAAACAACCUGCCAAGGAAGGCAAGAUAUUUAUGAAAUUUCCAGAAGGGAGUUUUUGACAUUUUUAAUUUUUUUGAUUUUUUAUAAGAAAUGAAACUUGCAGACACAAGAAUGGGGAAGAGCUUAAGGAACUGGAACACUAACAUAUAUAAAAUGGUAAACAUGACCGAUCAUGUAAUAAAGAAUUUUCCAUUUUGUGAGUUUGACACCCAGUUUGUUAGCUUUGUUUACUCCUUAAACAUAUACAUUUGCAACCUUUAAAUAUGGACAUUCUUUGGAAAUCUAGUAUACCACAAGAGAAUAAUUGAAGAGGAUUUUUCUUCUCUUUUUCCAAGUAACAUCUUUUGGGCGUAGCUCAUGGGUGGAUAUGCUUUUUAAAAAUAAAUCAUUGUGAUCAUGUCCCUUUUUUUCCAGAAGAGACAGCAACAAGAGAUUUUUUUUGAGAAUGUUUUUUCUUGCAUCCAAAGAUGCAAGAAAGACCUGCCACAUUUCCAUUAUUGUUUUCCUUCUUAACCACUCAUUUCAGAGCUUUGUAGCCCUAACUUCUACCUUAGUGAAUUGGUAGAGGAAAGUUUGUUGCCCUGCUCAAGGACAGUCAUUGCACUUUAAUUUAUCAGUUAAGAUGCUAGCGAAAUUGAAAGGGGCUUAUUAAUAGUGCCAAAAAAUAUACAUGCAAAAAUUUCAGCCCUUGCUAGUUUGGCAAGGAAAAGAUUGAUAUUCAACAGAAAUGUUUUUGGUCUUCUUAAUCAUUGGAUUGGUAACUUCGGAGAUUUGUUUUAUAACACAGGAAAUUAAAUCAAAGCUAUUAUGCUUGCCAUUGGGUAGCUUGUGAUAUAUUAUUGGCAUUACAUUGAGCAUAACUGAUAUUGAAUUAAUCUAGCUCCUAUUAGAAAUGAAUAGAUAAAAACACAUAUAAGCACUUACUGCAUGCUAGGCAGCAUGCUAAAUAUUAAGAAUAUACUAAUUUAGUAUUCUUUUGAAUAUUCUUUUGAACUAAAUACAUUUGCCAAAGCCAUUGACCACUUGGAGAAAUCUUGUAUAUUAGGCCUAUGUCAAAAAUAAGUAUUAAUAUGUAAUGUCACAUGGACUUGUAUUGUUAUAAUAUAUUUUAAUAAAUUUUUGAAUUAA